AGACGGUUGCCAAGUUAUAAUUUACUUUUCAUUGUUUUUCUGUUGAGCUUAUCAACAAUACGCAUGCACUUUGUACCGGCGAUACAAAAGAAACGGCGUUUAACUAAAGAAGCGGCAGUUUGUGACGGAAAAAAUAACAAAAUUUCAGUUGGCCAAGCCAAGAGUACGCAAUCGGACAAAGGAAAAACUUGUUUCUUAUUUAAUCUUAUUUAAGUGGAACCUACACACAUUUUCUCUAAAGCAUGUCCUCGCCAAAUGGAGAGUUGCGGUUUGAUGGACGAGUUGCUGUGGUGACCGGAGCGGGCGCGGGUCUUGGACGUGAAUACGCAUUGCUAUUAGCGGCGCGUGGGGCAAAGGUCGUUGUAAACGACUUGGGAGGCACCCAUGUGGGCGAGGGUGCCUCACAGCGUGCCGCAGACAUUGUGGUCGAUGAGAUUCGCAAGAAUGGAGGCGAAGCUGUUGCCGAUUACAAUUCAGUCAUUGACGGUGCAAAGGUCAUUGAUUCAGCCAUCAAAGCCUUUGGACGUGUAGAUAUACUCAUCAAUAAUGCCGGCAUUUUGCGUGAUCGCAGCAUUGUGAAGACAACGGAUCAGGAUUGGGAUUUGGUGCAUGAUGUUCAUCUAAAGGGCAGCUUUAAAUGCACGCAGGCCGCCUUUCCCCACAUGAAGGCACAAAAUUUUGGCAGAAUCAUAAUGACAUCGUCAAAUUCUGGUGUCUAUGGUAAUUUUGGACAGGCGAAUUAUUCCGCAGCCAAGCUGGGAUUAAUUGGCUUGGCGAACACGGUUGCCAUCGAAGGACGAAAGAAUAAUAUAUUCUGUAAUGCAAUUAUUCCUACGGCAGCCAGUCGCAUGACUGAAGGCAUUCUUCCUGACAUACUCUUUAAUGAACUGAAGCCCAAGCUGAUUGCUCCGGUCGUGGUUUACUUGUGCCACGAGUCAUGCGAGGACAAUGGUAAUUACAUUGAGAGUGCUGCUGGAUGGGCCACAAAAGUGCACACAGUUCGAGGCAAGGGAUCAGUACUCCGUGCUUCUUUGGAUGAAACAGUGACGCCUGAAUUUGUGAAAAAUGUUUGGUCUAAGGUGACAGACAUGUCGCAGGCUAAACAUGUUGAUAAUAUGGCUCAAGCAACGGGCGCUUUGUUGGAGGUGCUGGAGAAUUUGAAGAGCGGCGAAAAGGAUGUGAUUGAAGACACCUUCGCAUUUACUAACAAGGACCUCAUCUUGUAUGCUUUGGGCAUUGGAGCUUCAGUAAAAAAUUCGAACGACUUGCGAUUUUUGUAUGAGAACGAUAGUGAUUUCUCAGCAAUUCCAUCGUUCUUCGUACUACCUGGCCUUCUACUGACAAUGUCAUCGCCAUUGGUGGGCAAUGCAUUGCCCCAAAGCGGCGCUGAUCUGUCCAAUAUUUUGCAUGGCGAGCAAUAUUUGGAAAUAUGCGAUGAUCUACCACUCGAUGGUCAACUGGUGACCAAAGGAAAAGUGUUUGAUGUUAUGGAUAAGGGAUCCGGAGCCGUUGUUGUUACUAAUUGCGAGACAUUUGACGAGAACGGACGUCUGCUGGCGAAAAAUCAGAGCUCCAUAUUUGUUGUUGGUGCCGGAAAGUUUGGCGGCAAGAAGGAACCCAUAACUGGUGUGGUACCUUUAGGCGUUACUCCCAAGCGUUCGCCGGACUCAUCGAUCCAAUACACAACAAGCCUGGAUCAGGCUGCUCUGUACAGGCUUUCUGGAGACUUGAAUCCCUUGCACAUUGAUCCGAACUUUGCCAGAGUGGCUGGCUUCAAGACACCAAUUUUGCAUGGACUCUGCUCCCUUGGAUUUUCAGUUAGAGCCGUCUUAGCGAAAUAUGCCGACAAUAACUCAUCGCUAUUCAAGGCAAUCAAAGUGCGUUUCGUGGCACCCGUAAUUCCGGGACAAACCUUGAAGGUUGACAUGUGGAAAGAAAAUACACGCAUUCAUUUCCGCACAUCGAUCGUGGAGACUGGUAAAGAUGUCAUUACAGGCGCCUAUGUCGACUUGAAGAGCUCUAAAGCAAAACUUUAAGCAAUCUGAAAUGUUUGUUAGAACCCCGGGACGUCUAUUUUGUAUUCGACACUAUAUGUUAUGUAAUAACACUAUAGGAGAAAUUGGUUUGGGAUUGUUAAAUAAGCGUAUUAAUAUAUAACCACAAGAUAAUAUGAAAUAAUA